ACGGCGCCGCGACCCCCAAAACGCCUCACACAGACUAAAAUGAUCCUCACAACAUGCGCCGCCUGCGCCGCCCCACUGGCCCACGACGCGCCGCGUUGCGUUAGAUGUUGGACCCGCUACUGUGACUCGACGUGCCAACAUGACCACUGGCGCCGCGGCCACAAGCAGAUGUGUAAGAAAAUACACCGCGGCGGCAACGCGGAGCAAUACCACGCCGACAAAAAAUACAAGGAGGCCGUCGCGGUCGCGGUCGAGAAAUGCGCCGACGACACCAAAGGCCAGACGUGCUACAUCUGUACGCAGGCCCUCCACUGGAAAACGAAGGAGGGUCUCGUGCGCGGUUGCUCGUGCCGGGGGACGGCGGGCUUCGCGCACGUGUCGUGCCUGGUGGAGCAGGCGAAGAUUUUGUGCAACGAGGCCGAGGAGAACAAUUUGAUCGGCACUAAGAGGUUUGAUGAGAAGUGGGCGCGGUGGUACUCGUGUAGCCUGUGCGAGCAACAAUACCACGGCGUCGUGUUUUGCGCGCUCGGGUGGGCGUGCUGGAAGACGUACGUGGGCCGGCCGGAGACGGAGUGGCCUCGACUGGGUGCGAUGAGCGUGCUUGGGAACGGCUUGUUCGUUGAAGAUCACCACGAGGACGCGUUGGUCGUGCGAGAGGCCGAGUUGGCUAUGAAGCGGCGCGUUGGCGCGUCGGAAGACAGCCUGCUCGUCGCGCAGUUCAAUCUUGCGAACUCGUACCAAAUGCUCGGACGGCUCGAAGAGGCCUUGCGUAUGCGUGGAGACGUAUACUCCGGACGUUUGGAGCUCAACGGCGGGGAACAUAAACACACUCUCUCAGCGGCCAACAACUACGCGAAUAUGUUAGUUCAUCUAGAGCGCUUCGAUGAAGCCAAGUCGCUGUUGAUAAAGACGAUACCCGUGGCGCGACGCGUUCUCGGAAUUAGUAAUGACAUCACGCUCAAGAUGAGGUGGCUUUACGCGCAGUCACUCUACAAGGACCCUGGCGCCACGCUCGACGAUCUCCGCGAGGCCGUGACGACAGGCGAGGAUAUGAUACGGAUCGCGCGGCGCCUGCUCGGUGGCGCACACCCGACCACAACGGGAAUUGAGUACAGCCUGGAAAAGUCGCGAGCCGCGCUCCACGCCCGCGAGACGCUGCCGGGGAGCUAG